AUGAAUUACAAUUCAUCCUUGAACAAUCCAUUAAAUACAGCUGCUUCAAACAAGUUGAACGGUUUGACAGGACCGCUAAUGUUCGAUUCAGAUGGAGUCCGAAGGUAUUUCAAACUCGACUUGUUGAAUCUUCAUGAAACGGGCUUGGCGAAGGUUAGCACCUGGAAUUCCUUUCGAGGCUUCGACGAGUUGAAUCUCGCCAAUGAAGUCGCCAUGGAGCACUUCAAAGUUCUCAUCACCAUAAAUCCGCCAUAUGCACACAAAGUCAAUCAUUCGAAAAGCUUGACGGGGAACGCUCGUUACGAGGGCUUCGUUAUCGACCUUAUCAAGACCCUCGACAAGGAGUUGAUAUAA